CCGGAGGAGGAGGGAGAGGAGGAGGAGGAGGAGGAAGGCGCGCGAGCCUGCCGAGGCGAGCCGAGCUGAGCUGACCGCCCGCUGUCUUCUUCUUCUUCUUCUUCUUCUUCUUCUUCUUCUUCUCGGGUCUCCUCCUUGGAAUGAUUUCAGCCAUCUCCAGCCCUUGGCUCACGCAACUGUCCCAUUUUUGCGAUGUUGCAGCUUUCACCGCCAACAGCCUGAGCAGCCUCAACGCCUCGUCGGCGGCGGCGGCGGCCGCCGCGGCGGGCUACCACCACCUCUCCCCCUCGCCGGGGGACCCCUACGGGCAGCAUGAGCCGCCCCACUACGAGCCCUGCUCGGCGCAACAGCAGCCGCCGCCGCCUCACCCGCCGCCGCCGCCGCCGCAGCAACAGCCUCAUCACGCCGGCCCGCAGCCGCACGGCUACCCCUUCGCAGGCGGCUCCGGCUCCAACCCGCCGCCUCCCGCCGGAUCGGAGCCCCCCGAAGGCGGCGCGGGCGGCGGAUCGGCCCCGGCCUCGGCCAAGGCGCCCGUCAAGAAGAACCCCAAGGUGGCCAACGUCAGCGUGCAGCUGGAGAUGAAGGCGCUCUGGGACGAGUUCAACCAGCUGGGCACCGAGAUGAUCGUCACCAAGGCCGGCAGGCGCAUGUUCCCCACCUUCCAGGUAAAGAUCUUUGGGAUGGACCCCAUGGCCGACUACAUGCUCUUAAUGGACUUCGUACCAGUGGACGACAAGCGAUACCGGUAUGCAUUUCACAGUUCCUCCUGGUUGGUGGCUGGCAAGGCAGACCCUGCGACCCCGGGGAGAGUCCACUACCACCCGGAUUCCCCAGCCAGGGGGGCCCAGUGGAUGAAGCAGAUUGUCUCCUUUGAUAAGCUGAAGCUGACGAACAAUUUAUUGGAUGACAAUGGACACAUCAUUUUGAACUCCAUGCACAGAUACCAGCCCCGUUUCCACGUGGUUUAUGUGGACCCUAGGAAAGACAGUGAGAAGUAUGCAGAAGAGAACUUCAAGACCUUUGUCUUCGAAGAGACCCGCUUCACUGCAGUGACUGCCUACCAGAACCAUCGAAUUACUCAGCUCAAGAUCGCCAGCAACCCCUUCGCAAAAGGAUUCCGAGACUGUGAUCCAGAAGACUGGCCCAGGAAUCACAGACCCGGGGCCCUCCCUCUCAUGAGUGCUUUUGCCAGAUCCAGAAAUCCAGUGUCUUCCCCAGCACAUCAGAACGGGACUGAGAAAGAUGCAGCCGAGAGCCGGCGAGAAUAUGAGCGGGAAGCAGCCAGUGGGACCCCUCUCCACGCGGACCCCGCCCACCAGCAGCUCAUGUCCAGGGUCCUCAGCCCAGCGCUUCCCGUCCCCGGCGGCGGUGGCCUCGUCCCGCUGACCAGCCCUGCAGGCAGCCGGCCCAGCCCCCCGCACCACGAACUGAGGCUGGAGCCCUCCGCCUCGGAGCCUCUCCAUCACCACCCCUACAAGCACCCGGCCUCGGCCUACGACCAUUACUUGGGAGCCAAGAGCAGACCAGCACCCUACCCUUUGCCCAGCAUCCGAGGACACGGUUACCAUCACCACCACCACCACCAUCACCACAUGAAUCCGGCGGCGGCGGCAGCGGCGGCGGCCGCAGCCGCAAACAUGUAUUCCACGGUGGGCGCUCCUACCAGCUAUGACUAUGGACCAAGAUAACCCCACCCCACCCAGCAAAAGGUCCUCUUGCAAUGACUGGCUUGCUGCAUGGUUUGAAUUGCUCAGUCGUGUCUGUUUUCGGAGAGCACUCUCUUGCUUCGGUGAGCAAGAGCGUUCGCAAGAAACGCUUGCCCCAGAAACCUCCGCCUUCCUGCGGGGGGGCCCUUCGCCUCUUGCACACCCUUGAUUCUUUUGGAUGCCUUCCUUCCACGCUCCACCGGAUUCACGCAAGGCUCGCUUUCCUGCCUUGUCCUGGAGGAAGAGACAAUAGGCCUGCUUACCCGGACAGUCCGAUGACAGACCUAAUCCAGCAGGAGCAGGGUGGACAGAGACCAGGCCUUCUUCCCCUGGAGCAUCACUCUCCACUUUGCCACCUUACUUGGAGGGCGCCUUUCCUCUCCCCAACCCCUCGCCACCGUGAUUGGCAGCUGCACUUUUCUUUGCUUUCUGAACGAAGCCAUAUGUCGAUCUGUUCCUUUGCCACAUCAUCGCAGUUAGCAUGCAUGCCGCUCUUUACCUGUUCCAAGGGCUUGGCAAAUGAUCUUCCUGUAGAUGAGGCUGCACACCUGGUUUUUGCCUAGUUCCGGUGGGGAGCUGGUCUUCAACAGUGCAAAGUCAUCCGUAGUCGGUUCAAUUGUCACAGAGUGUUGAUGCACUGAAGCUCUGCCCAACCUUCACCAUGAGUGGUGGUGGUGGUGGUGGUGGUGGUGGAUGGCAACACCCACUCAGUAUCUAGACGACCAACCGGCUUGUUCUUACAACCAUAAUCUGGGUAGAAAGCUGGGGCAUUCCUAAAGUAAAGUAAUGUGUGCCGUUGA